AUGGCUGAUGCUGCUGAGCAAGAAGAAAGUUUCCUCCACGUUCCGUCAAAUGCAGAAGUGCUAACGUUUGAGAACCUUGAGGUUGCCUUUGGGCCUGUAGGGCUGCGUCACCCAGUUGACGGAACCCUUUAUUGGGACCUAGCAUAUGUGUUUGACGAGUACACCAAAGCUGGAGACACAGUGAAGAGCACGAAGCAUGUCAAAAGGCUGCAGGAGAUUUGCAACUUGGAGCCUGAGCUCAGCAAGAAAGACCUGCACUGUCGCGGCCCUGCUUGCAGGACGUCUAUGGCGAAUGUCAAUUGCGCAUCCACACUGCUCAUGUUGUUUUUCCUGAAAGAAGUUAUUGACAAAAGCUCUAUAACCACCAAAUUCAAUUGGGCCGUUCGCAAGAUCCAGAAGCUUGUUAUGCAAUGUGUUGCUUUGGCGUACAAUGCUGGUCAUGCAGUAAACAUCACAAUGCAAAAUGGUCAUUUUUUCAUCUUGAACCCCAGCGGGAUGGUUUCUGGCCUGGCGGAAUUUUUGCGCUCCCUUCAUCAGUCAAUUGCGUCUUCCUGGCAACAAUCAUGGACUGCCAUGUUUGCGGAUGAGAAACUAUCCGUGGAUUGGAGCGAGGAGGUGCCCCUCAUGGACUUGGUCCUCUUUGCUCUCACUGUGGUGAAGUUUAGGCGUUCCAAAAACAAGUUGGCUUGGGCUGGCCGCAACCGGUCAACUUUGCGGCUGGUUCAAUUGGGACUGCUUGCUUUUCUUCAUCAGGGCAUGGCUGACAGUUUGAGAGCACAUGUGCAGGACAACAAUGUCUAUGAGGGUCAGGUGCCUUCCCGUCGAAUUUCGCGAGACAGGAAUGCAGCUGGCCCAGUCUCUCGCGUCAAAAUGUCCGUCCAUGAAAUCUGGCAGUUCAUAGAAGAUGCUCGCAACGCGAAUGUUUCCAUGAGGAAGUUGGCAAAAAUUCGUGCUCGGGAUCGCCAGGGAGGCAUCAAGCCAGGAAGUGUGGAUCAAUGGAUAUGCAAACUGUUGACCAUGUACAAAGAAGACAGCCGUCUAUCCUUGUUGGGCGCAAAGCAAAUUUGUUUGGUCACUGAUGCGUCGCAUCAUUCCUCGAGGGACUGGUUGAUCAGCCUUGUCUAUGACCCUUUCACAGGGAAUGGGGCUUUUGCCACAGCGCAGUAUGUGAGCUCGUCCAAAAUUCUGCGCAUUGGGGAAUUUGAGCUCACUGCUGAAGUGGAGAUGGUGGCUGCCCGCAGAGACCAUGAGCGCUUGAGCACCCUCAGGUUUCUUCAGGGCCUUUCCAGCCAGUGUCAAAAAAUUUCCGGCCUGACCCUUGCAGACUUUACCCCAACCCCUGCGCUGCUGCAAGCUCUCCGGCCCUUGCCGGCCGGAGGGCAAAGGUGGUUUGAGGGCACCGUUUUGCAUUUCACGACUGCUGCGGGAGCAGAAGCUUCGUCAUUUGACUUCGACCUGAACGUGCUGCAAGACGUUCCGAUGCUCCACAUCCUCAUGGAUCAAGGCUCUGUCGGGUGUGCCUCGCACGCAUUUACACAGCAUGAGGGGCUGUUGGUACACUAUUCGUAUGAUUGGAUCCACCGCCUGCACCGGGACAUCAAGGGCCCACUGAGUGGCGAAUUAGAAGCGGCGGUAGCCACCGGGGCGUACAUCUGGUCUGUGAACUACAAACCCUUCAACUCAGGCGCAUUUUUCGCUGAGAAGAAAGAUGCCCUGGGGGCUUUCAUGGAGAACAACAGUCCAGACUCUCAGAUUUUUCAGAAAUACAAGCACAGGGUAGCCUGGGAGUUUGGCAUGCCCGACGCUUCUGAUCAAGAGGUAUGGGACGCCCUGCCACUGAAAAUGGCUUCCUACUCGAACAAGCUUGGGCUGGUCAAAAGUGGCCGUUGGUUCUCUCUAAAUGAGCAAGGGCACUUGCAAAUGCAAGAGUUCACCGCAAGCCGCAUGGUACUUGAAUACUACUUGCAGCCUGAAGAAAGCCCUGAUGAUGCAAGCCAACGAGAACUCAACUUUGGCAAUUUGUCUGGCCUUAAGUUGGCAUACGCUGGGCAUUCCUGGAGGACGUUUGAGAACCUGUCAAUUGUAUUGAAUCUGCAAUUGCCGUUGUGGGACUAUUAUUCUGACACCCUUCACUUUGUCAAGUCAGCUCAGCAGGGUUUGGAACACCUGCAGAGUCUGGGGGAAGCCUGGGAAAAACAUUGGACGCUGCAUGGCUUGGCCCAGAUCAUGGCAUCCGAGGAAACCUGGCGUGGCAUCGUUCAGUGGUCGGAAGAGCCUAACCGCCUUGCAGACAGAACCCUCACAUAUGGCAUGGAAGUCUUGGCCAAACGUUGCGCGUCUUUGAGUAAGUUGGGCUCUCCGCCAGAAUUUUACGCUGGCCUUCUGUCAACAAAUCCUGCAAGCCAAACCCAGGGCCUCCAGCGUUUGCGAAGUGACUUCAAGCUGCUUUUACGGUUGGAAAGCAGUGCUGUUCCAGGAGGCCCCAGCCUUGCCGCUGACUUGAGGCUCACGCAUGAUCUGUGUGUUCGGUUUACCGCCUUUAUCUUUCAGGCUUCUGGAUGGCAAGCAGACAACCCAACUGGCCUAUCCUUUCUCAGAGUGCUGCUUUCAAACUUUGCAGAUUCCAAGAUUGUUGAAGACUCGCAUCAACACUUGCGGGAUGCAACUGGGAGCAAGGCCAACAAACAGCUCAAGGGUAGCACUGUUCAGCAGGUGCUCAUGGACAGCAAUGUGCUGGAAGAGCGAAACAUCGCACACCCUGCGAAAACCACGAAGCAAAAAUUCCUGUCGCUUUGGCACCGGAUCAAACCUGCCUUCAAAGCAUCGGAGGAGUUUGUGGCAGCGCGCCACAAACUGGAUAAAAGCUGGUCGAAGGUUAUUGGCCCAAAGACCUGGAGCACUGUGUCAGAAGUUGCCCUGGUGACCUCAGCGGCUGGGUGGGCCUACCUUCGGCACUAUGCUUCUGAAAACAUUGCUGGUGGUGGUGUCAAGCUGCAAGACGGGCAGCGAGCAGUUUUCGCUCGCUGUGGUCAGGUCAUUGCUGAGCUUGAAAACAUGGAGGAGGUGUUCUUGGUCUUGGACACUUUCAAGUGGGCUGUGAUGGUGUGGCCUUUGAAGGAAGUGGCAGAUGAUGUAGGCCAGGGCUGUCGUGGGUGGCAGCUGGAUGCGCGCGACAGCGCGCAAUGCUCCUGGAAGUUUCUGCACUCACCACGCGCAUGGGUUGCUUGGUCUACUGAAAAGUGUUGGCAGGAUUCUGUGGGCCCUUUGCUUCGAGCGUCAGGGCCUGAAGAGCCUUUUGUGCAAAACAGUUUGCGAAACGCGUCUCAGUUUUCAUUUGCUGAGCUGGUCAUGUUGGCAGAGUACUUUGAGAUUCCUCGUCCAAACAGACACGCCCGAUCUGAGCUCUUGCGUUUGCUGUGCAACCAUUUCAGCGUGGACUUUGCAGACGAAGUCUUGGAGCUAACCGUGUUGGACAACAGGCUGAAGUGGGGCCAGAAGGUGCUGGGCCUUCAGCAGUUGAAGGCAACAAUGCAGCGGGGUCAGAAGGCAACCAUGCAGUGGGGUCAGAAGGAGUUGCGCCUCCAGCAGUUGAAGAUGCAGCGGGAGUUGAAGGCAACCGUGCAGCGGGGCAACCACGCAGCGGGGUCAGAAGGAGCUGACCCAUCAGCAGUUCAAGGCAACCAGGGUGCCAGUGCUCCUAGUGUGUCGCAAGGAGCGGGCCGGGCAGGCGGCCCCCAUGUCCAUGCGACUCCCGUCAUCCUCGCGAAACUGAAUCCGCCAACAGGGUACAAGUUGCGCUUGAGUUUUAACGAUCACCGCUUCAAGGUGGACAUCGUGGCAGAGCUUGAGCAACAACGUUGCGGUCGGAAGAGUUACUCGAGGAGUUUCGCAGCAAUGAAAGGGUCCUGGAAAGACGUGCUGGCCGAGACUCACAGGUGGAUGUGGAGCAAGUGGUUAGAGUCGCCUUUAGCGGACGGGCACGAUGCUGCCUCUCGCCAAGUCCCUGGUGACAUUGCCAAGGAGGUUCUGGAUGCCCUGUCACCUGUGAUUGCUGACAUGCGCAGGACAGCAGCCGCAAGUCCAGAGCUGCGUGCCGACCUGCAGCCUGAGCAGCAUAACUUGGCUGCUCCAGCAGUGGCGCUUGCUGCUCCGGAGCUUCCUCAGCUGACCUUUGCAGAUCCAGUUGUCGCCCCUGCCCCCCAGAGCAGGAGCACGCCUACCCUCCAAACAUUCCUGACAGAGGACGUAGAGAACAUCUUUCUGCAAACAAAGUCUUUGGGCCUGUUCGACUUCCUGCCCUUUUCUGACUUCACUAGGAGUGGCGCAGAGGACAGCCCCAACAUUGCGCAAACGAUCCAGGACUUCAUUUGCCACGCUGUCAACUCUGAAGCUGGAGUGUGUUCCAGCUGGCAUGCCCUCAUUGGUCUCGCCGUUCCAAUGUUGAAGAACAAGUCCAUUGCAACUCAGCUGCUAGCCCUUAUUGGACGAGCUUACAGCAAUCGGACCCGUGAGUCCACUGAUGUGGGCCCUCAUAAAUUUCCGGGGCUGCUAGACUACGUUGAAUUUUGCUCUGGGAUGGGCAAUUUGUCGCGACAGCUGAUUCAUCAUGGCCUCCGUGGCUGCAGCCUAGACAUCCUGUACAGCAGCGACCAUGAUAUGCUCAGCAAGAGUGGACUUCGCCUAUUUCUGGAAGCAGCCACCUGUUGCAAAGCAAAGGCGUUGCACUGGUGGGGCACGAAGUGCUCCAGUUUUGUAACCUUAUGCGUGAGCAAAUCGUUACGUGCGGAGGCGAAUCAUUGGGAAGGUGAUGUCACCAGGCCUUUUGUUUUUCAAGGCAAUUGUCAGGCGCUUGUCACAUCGCUUGGGAUUUUCCUUGGAGUGAUGGCUGGAUGUUUACCUGUCCUGGAGCAGCCGCAAACUUCCUCCAUGCCACUGCAGCGUUCCUUGCAAUGUGUGCUUCACUUCUUCAAUUUCCAGCAGACCAAAACAUAUGGAGGUUGCUUCGGAACUGCCAGCAUGAAACCGCUGCAGCUCUGGCACCUUCCCUUGACAUUUGAAAGUCUGCAGCGCGCAAGGCCCAGUUCUGAUUUGUUUGAGCCCUUGGCUGUUAGAUCCGAGUCAGGAGCCUUCACGGGUGACAAGGAAGUGACCCAAGCGAGUGAGCACUACACACUUGCUUUUGGCGCAGCUGUGGCAGAGAUUUUCAUGACAAUCCGGUCAUGA